AUACCUUCUCGGCUUUUCUGAACCUGAUUCCUUCGUUUGCACAUCCGCAGGCUAUUGUUUGGAAGUAUGAGUUUAAAACCCUUCACCUACCCGUUUCCAGAGACAAGGUUUCUUCACGCAGGACCCAAUGUGUAUAAAUUCAAAAUUAGAUAUGGCAACAGCAUCAGAGGGGAAGACAUAGAGAAUAAGGAAGUCAUCGUCCAGGAGCUGGAGGAUUCUAUUCGUGUAGUCUUGGGAAACUUGGACAAUCUGCAGCCAUUUGCUACAGAGCACUUCAUUGUAUUUCCCUAUAAAAGCAAAUGGGAGAGAGUGUCCCACCUGAAAUUCAAGCAUGGGGAAAUCGUCUUGGUCCCCUACCCAUUUGUUUUCACUCUAUAUGUGGAGAUGAAAUGGUUUCAUGAAAACGUGUCACCUGGGGAGCCAAUAAGUGACAGUCCUCUUGGCUUGCUGGUGUUAAAAGUCACUUCUGGCAAUUUAAAGAUGGGGAGUUCUCUUCACUGUGCCCUCCUGAACUGUGAGCAGCUCUGGAAAGGAGUCACAGGAGUCGGUUCCUCUCUGAAGGUCCUAGCAGAGAGGAAAGCAGCAGGAGCCAUGACGAGGAAACGAAAACGAGUGGAAGUGCCCAGCUCCCCCAGCAGGCCAGCGCUGGACAGGACCAAGAUGGGGAUUUCCAGCCAAGGCCCCAGCGAAAAGAAGCCCCUUAUGGAUACCAGGAGGAAUGGAGAAAGAAAAACCCAGCAGGAAUGGCAGGAGACCCCAACAUUUAACACCACUGAUAUCCAGGAACAGGAUUCUAAGCGGGAGGACAGCCUAGCCGAGCAGAUCAUCCCCCCACUGCAGCAAAACAAUCCAUCUCCACCUAAAGGACCCCCAGAGCUGGGAACCAGUGGCUUCUUUGGGUUUCUAAGCUCUCUCUUCCCCUUCCGCUAUUUCUUCAGAAGGAGCAGCCAGUGAGCCUUCCAGACGCAGCAGGGGAAGAGUGUCCUCUCGUACUGACUUUUCACAUUCCGUCCUCUGUCAUGGAGAACGCGGGAUCCAAACUCCCAGAGUCCCCUUGUGGGUUUGUCUUAUCCUUUGCCCCUUUACAAUGGAUUUUUUUUUUUUUUUCAGUUUAAAACACUAAGAAAAGAACUUCCUAAAAUAUCCAGUCUGAGAGCUGUACUGCUCUA